AUGGCUGCUUAUUUUGGUUAUUCCGUGGCUGCCACAGAUAUCAAUGGGGACAAUUACACAGAUUUGUUUAUUGGAGCCCCUCUUUUUAUGGAUCGCGGUUCUGACGGGAAGCUUCAAGAGGUUGGCCAAGUUUCCAUUUGCCUUCAGCGAGCCUCUGGAGGGUUUCAGAUCACAAAGCUGAAUGGUUUUGAGACGUUUGCAAGAUUCAGCAGCUCUAUUGCGCCUCUGGGGGAUCUAGAUCAGGAUGGCUUCAACGAUAUUGCGGUUGCUGCCCCAUACGGUGGAGAGAACAAGAGAGGACUUGUCUAUAUCUACAAUGGAAGAGCCAAUGGUUUGAAUGCGGUCCCAUCCCAAAUUCUCGAAGGGCAGUGGGCUUCUCGCACUAUGCCGCCCAGUUUUGGGUACUCGCUGAAAGGAGCCACGGAUGUGGACAAAAAUGGAUAUCCAGACCUGAUUGUUGGAGCCUUUGGUGCGGACACAGCUGUUUUGUAUAGGGCCAGACCAGUCAUUAGAGUAAAUGCUGCACUGGAAGUUAAUCCAACCAUUCUAAACCCAGAAAACAAAGCCUGUUCACUCUCAGAUGUAAAAGUUUCUUGCUUCAAGGUAAAGUUCUGCUUAAAAGCCGAUGGCAAAGGAGAGCUCCCUAAUUCACUCAAUUUCCAAGUGGAGCUGCUGUUGGAUAAACUCAAGCAAAAAGGAGCCAUAAGGAGAGCUCUCUUCCUCCACAGCAGACAGCCCAGCCACUCUAAGAACAUGACUAUUACCAAGGGGGGGAAAAUGAACUGUGAAGAACUUGAUGCCUUUUUGAGGGAUGAAUCUGAAUUUAGAGAUAAACUAACCCCCAUUACUAUUUUUAUGGAAUACCGUCUGGACUACAGAACAGCUGCAGAUGCAACCGGAUUGCACCCGAUCCUCAACCAGUUCACUCCUGCUAAUAUGAGCAGACAGGCACAUAUUCUGCUGGAUUGUGGUGAGGACAAUAUCUGCAAACCAAGGCUGGAGGUUUCAGUGCAAAGUGAUCAGAAGCAGAUCUACAUUGGUGAUGACAAUCCCUUGACGCUCAUUGUCAGUGCUGAGAAUCAAGGGGAAGGAGCCUACGAAGCAGAACUCUUUGUAAUUGUUCCACCCCAAGCGGAUUUCAUCGGUGUUGUUCGUAACAACGAGGCUUUAGCAAGACUGUCCUGUGCAUUUAAAACGGAGAAUCAAACCCGCAUGGUAGUUUGUGACCUGGGAAAUCCCAUGAAAGCAGGAACUAAGCUGUUAGCUGGCCUGCGUUUCAGUGUGCACCAGCAGUCUGAAAUGGAUACCUCUGUGAAGUUUGACUUGCAAAUCCGAAGUUCCAACCUGUAUGACAAUCUAAGUCCAGUAGCGUCCUAUCAGGCUGACCUUGCUAUUUCAGCAGCUGUUGAAAUUAGAGGUGUGUCAUCUCCUGAUCACAUAUUCCUUCCUAUUGCAAACUGGCAGCCGAAGGAGAAUCCAGAAACAGAAGAUGAUAUUGGACCUCUGGUUCAGCAUAUCUAUGAGCUGAGAAACAACGGGCCAAGUGCGUUCAGCAAGGUGAUGAUGACUCUGCAGUGGCCUUACAAGUACAAAAACUACACGCUGUUGUAUAUUGUUCAGUAUGAAAUCGAUGGGCCCAUGAACUGCACUUCCGAUAUGGAAAUCAAUCCGUUGAAAAUCAAGAUUUCUGCUUCCAAAGAUGACGAUAAGAAUGAAACGCUUAGCCGAGAAAAUAAUCGCGAUCAUCAUAUCAGCCGAAGGGAUAUAACUGCCCCGGAAGGAGACGUGCAUACCUUGGGCUGUGGAACUGCUGAUUGUUUAAAGAUAGUCUGUCAAGUUGGCCACCUGGAAAGGGGAAAGAGUGCAAUAUUGUAUUUAAAAUCACGCCUUUGGACCCAAACGUUCAUGAACAAAGAAAAUCAGAAUCACUCGUAUUCUCUCAAAUCAUCUGCUUCUUUCAAUGUUAUAGAGUUCCCCUAUAAGAACCUGUCCUUUGAAGAUAUCCACAACUCUACAGUAGUGACUACAAACAUUACGUGGGGUAUUCAGCCCCAGCCCAUGCCUGUGCCCGUGUGGGUUAUAAUUCUGGCUGUCCUGGCGGGAUUGUUGCUCUUGGCUGUUCUAGUUUUUGUUAUGUACAGGAUGGGCUUUUUCAAACGUGUGAGACCACCUCAGGAAGAACAAGAAAGAGAACAACUGCAACCACAUGAGAAUGGGGAAGGAACAUCAGAAGCUUAAGCAGAGUUUUAUCUGUAAGACAUUCUGAAAUUUUUAAAUGCCUGUGUCUUGGUUACGAAUAUUGGUUUCCCCCUUAAGGAAAAAACACUCAUGACUGCACAGCUGCUGGCUCAACCUAUCAGCACAUACAAAAUAAGAACAAUUAUAUUUAAAUCCUCCUUUUUGUAUUAAUUACGUUCAUACGUGUGACUAAUGCAUCUGCACUGAUCUAUGUGUGAAAAAAAUUAAGUAAUACGUAGUGCUACGAUUUUGCUUAUUGGGAUGUAGGAGACAGCAUCUUUUUUGAUUCGCGGACCAACUUUACAUGAAUUGCUACACAGAUUCUGCGUUUGCUCUUGAAGCCAACAGCUUCCAUAGAUACUUG